AUGUUAAUUUUCCUCUUUGUUACUAUCAAAGAGUCAACCGCUAAUCCUUUGCUUAAACGUGGUGCAGAGAAAAAAUGUUACGAUUACGUCUUUGCGACAUCAACAUUUUGCGAUGGUAAAUUUAGCG